UACUGGAUGCUCUGAGCAGCAAUCCUGAUCGCUUACGCCAAUUUUGCAGGCGCGUAUGUUAAGUUCUUGGUACUCUCCUACGGCGCGUGCGUAACUGUUCCUCAGCGAAAUUCAAUCAACUGAGUACCCACCCAGCAGCCAUGGCUGAGAGCUUUGAUGGAGUAAAAGAAGAGAGUUUUGACCAGGUUUGAUUAAUUGAUCCUCACAGCUAUCCGAAUCCAACAAAUAGAAUCUACCCACAAAAGUUCUCUCCGUAUAACCGAAAUUGAGACGAUUACUUUCUUUCAACCAAACCUUGCCAAAUCUCGAAAUAGAAAGUUCCAGAAUUUGAGAUGCAGAAACUUGAUUUGGUACUGAUUUUCUCCUUUCUUUCUCUCACCUAUGCAGCCUCAAACACAUCAACAACAUGUCCCAUAGACCUUAGUUAUGUUCUGAGAAUCCCAUGGAACUCCUCUGGCUGCCAGAGCUACCAUCCACCAGUAAACCCAACAGACAACACCAAGAGUCCUUGUUGCCAGGCCCUUCUCUCACUCUUUGGCAUAGGCCUUGCACAGAACCUGAAAAAGACCACUCUAUUUCAACUUCCAAACUUGAACGCAUCCACUUCUUGCCUUGAAGAUUUUCAGGCAAAACUCACCUCUCUCUCUCUUCCAGGCAAUCUUGUUCCUCUUUGCUUGGACCCUAUGCAGUUUGUCUUGACACGAAACAUUUGUGCAAAUAUUGAGACAUCUCAGGAUUGGCUUUCCAAAUUGGGUAAGUCAACACCUCUUGAUUCUGGUUGCAGUCCUGAUCUUACUGAUCUUACAUCCUGUGAUGCUUGUGUGGCUGCUGGGUUUAAGGUUCAGUCCAUGUUGCUGUUAAUUGAUGGUAAUAAAACUCAUGCCACUGAUUGUUUUUAUUUCACAAUUCUUUAUGCUGCUGGUAUUGUUAACAAGUUGGGUCCUGAGAGUGAUGGUGCUGCGUCAUGUAUAUUUGGCUUGUCCUUAAAUUCACAAGUGGGUUCAGCUCAUAAGGGCCACUCAUCUCUUGUUUUUGGGUUAACUGGGGCUAGUGUUGCUGUUCUGGUCAUGUCUUGUUUUCUAGGAAUGUACUUUUGGUGGGAUAAGAGGUGGAGAAAGAAAAGGGUUGGCGGGUCUAAUUCAGGUUUUGGUUCUGGUUUUGAUUUAGAUGAACAAGGUUCUAGGCCAAAACUGAGGCCAAAUACGGGUUCAAUUUGGUUCAAAAUUGAAGAUCUUGAGAGGGCAACAAAUAAAUUUUCUCAGAAGAAUUUUAUUGGAAGAGGUGGGUUUGGUUUUGUUUACAAGGGAGUUUUGCCAGAUGGAACAGAGGUUGCGGUUAAGCAGAUUAUAGAAUCUGAUUUCCAGGGUGAUACUGAAUUUCGCAAUGAGAUUGAGAUUAUUAGCAAUUUGAAGCAUCGGAAUUUGGUACCUCUUAGAGGGUGUUGUGUGGUUGAUGGUGACGAGAAUUAUCAUGAGAGUGGGAGCCAGAGGUAUCUUAUUUAUGAUUACAUGCCGAAUGGGAAUCUUGAUGAUCACUUGUUUCCAUCGCCGAAUAAUGGAGGAACACGAUUGAAUUGGCCCCAAAGAAAGAGCAUAAUUUUGGAUGUGGCUAAGGGCUUAGCUUAUUUGCACUAUGGAGUGAAGCCUGCAAUAUACCAUAGGGACAUUAAGGCCACAAACAUAUUAUUAGAUGUUCAUAUGAGAGCUAGAGUUGCAGAUUUCGGGUUGGCCAAGCAGACCAGGGAAGGCCAGUCUCAUCUCACUACUAGAGUGGCAGGAACUCAUGGGUACUUGGCCCCUGAAUAUGCACUUUACGGGCAAUUGACUGAGAAGAGUGAUGUGUAUAGCUUUGGAGUGGUGGUGUUAGAGAUAAUGUGUGGGAGAAAAGCUCUUGAUUUGUCUUCAUCGGGUUUGCCACAAGCAUUUUUGAUCACCGAUUGGGCUUGGUCAUUUGUGAAAACUGGGAAAACACAUGAGGCUUUGGAUCGUUAUCUUUUGAAAGAUGAUGAUUCCGUGAAUUCCAAUCCAAAAGCAAUAAUGGAGAGAUUUGUGCAGGUGGGGAUAUUGUGUGCUCAUGUGAUGGUGGCUUUAAGGCCUACCAUUUUGGAGGCACUGAAAAUGUUGGAAGGUGACAUUGAAGUUCCUCCUAUCCCGGAUCGGCCAGUGCCCCUUGGUCAUCCUUCAUUUCACAGUCAUGGUGAUACUUUCAGCAUCUCACCAGCAUUGAGCGGGCCACAGUUACAUACUGGGGACUUGCUUAGGUAAGCAUGCAAAUUUGUAAUCGUUAUUCUCUCUGCAUUGCCUGAAAUGAUGCGCGGAAAGUGUAAAAAUAGUUGUGGAAGACCCUGACUUGAAGUGUUCAAAAAUCUGUUUUACGAAUAAAACCGAUGUAACAUAAGAGAAUUUGAAACAAUGAGCAACCUCUUGGGAACAUUGGUGAUAACCCUACGAAUCCAAGUUCUGGUGUCUCUAUUCUGAGCCUAACAAUUGCAUGGAGUUAAAUUCAUCGAUGUGCACACCAAAAAGGGGGAGACUUCGUUACUUAUUAGCGCCAUUGAAGGUUUGAAGAAGAUGAAUUUGAGUAUAUAAUGUCUCUUUUUAACUGACAAAGGUAGCGUUGACGUCAGUUCAAUUGUCAAGAUAGACGUGAAGGCUCCAAAAUGGGGAAAUCAGCUACUUCCUGAAUGAGUUGGAAGGCUUCUUAACAUCUUCUUUCAAUGUUAUCUGUGCAUAAUUGAAUCACAUAGGCUUGCUCUUUAAAGAAGAACCAUAUGUCAUAUCAAUGGCAAUGGCAUGUUUUUAUUUACUCAGUUUUUAUAGCUGAGAAACUUGAUUAUGAUUGUACUGUAGUUGUAUUUUGCAAGACUGAUGCAAUGCACUCGACAGGUUUAUUGGCUUUGGAGAAAAAUAGGCACUUCAAUCAAGUUUCUAUCCUUUGAAACUUUUGAACCUAUGCAGUUUUUUUCCUUUGUAUUCUCUGAGCUAUCUUUUGUAAAGAAUUGUGGGUUGUGCCUGCUUUUCUAAAUGUAAUUCAAGCCUUGAUAGAAACUUUGAUAUGGCCCUGCUAAAUUGUUCAUGGCUUUUGGGGGAUACAAGUUAUGAGAUUUUACUGCUAUUAAUCGUGGGAGUA